CCUCGACACUCGGGCUCUGCUUUGCAUCUUCUUCGGACUUUUGCAGACUCGAGAGGCUUUCUCUGUUUUUUUUUUGGCCUUCUUCCACUGAAAACGAAGGUUAUAGUCUGUAGGGAGAGUAUAAAUCUGAUGGGGAAGAGGAAAGACCGUCGUUUCGCGGCCAAUAACACCAGCCGUCGUGUCAAGCUUGAUCUCUUUGCGGAACCCUCUGGAGAUUUGGGUGGCUCAGAUGUGCGUGACGGAGUUGAGCGGGAACAAAAAGAGCCUAAAGAGUUACCCAAUUCACCUUCUUCUUCAGGUCAGAAAACAGAGAACCCUUUGCUUUUACUUGGGCAAUAUAGUGAUGAUGAGGUGGAAAAAGAUGAUUCGGAUGAGAGGGCAGGUGAUGCCUCUGCAGAUAGUUCAUUAGCCAAUAAAACUGAGCAGGUUGAUGGACACAAAGAUACAAAUAUCAAAUCGGGUGCAGACACCACAACGCAUAUGGUUGACCAACAGCAAACAGGGGACGAUUCUGCUGCAUCUGGUUUUAAGGCUGAAGGGGACGCUGGUCAUGUAACUUUGAGUAACCCAUCAAUCUCGGAUGGACUAAACAAUCAGACAGAUCCCUCAGCUCAAGCACCUGGCACUGUGUCUUUGGAGCACCAUGCGUCCACGGAUGUUACUUCGCAGUGGAAGAUGAUUUUGCAUGAGGAGAGCAAUCAGUAUUACUACUGGAAUACAGAAACGGGGGAAACUUCGUGGGAAAUUCCUGCAGUUUAUAGUCAAACUGCCGGUGCAUAUGGGACUGGGUACAAUGAGUCUGUCCCCAUGGGUACAGAUGCGUACACCUUGAUUUCUGGUGUUGAACCAAGCUAUUUGCAGCAACCCGUGCAUUAUGUUUUCACAGGAACUGAUUGUUCGACCUCUCUAACAGCUGAGCUGGGUGAGAGAAACAAAAGUGAAGAUCAACAUGUCGAAACCUUAGGAACUGAUGGUCAUCAAGUUGAAUGUCAGAUAGACUCUGCUGUUAAUAACCAAUCAUGUCAGGAGGAACUUGCAGGACCAGGAAGUUUCGGUCAUGUGGAUGCUACUUUUGAUCAAGGAGUGGCUACUGACCUCCCUUCUCGCCUGUUGAGCCAAAGCGAAGGCUUACUGGAGAAGCUGAGGUCUCUGAAGAAGUCUCAUGGGAACUUUCACAGCAAUGAGCAGUUAUCAAAGUACAUGCUGGAGGUUGAAGUCAGACAUUCUGAUGUCAAGGCGCUCAUAUAUGAUACCUCACCUCUACUUUCUUUUUGGCUCCACACUGAGAAACAACUCAAGCGCCUGGAAGAGGGUGUCAACGAUGAGAUUUAUGAGCUUGCAAAAUCUGCAGUAAUGGAAGAAAUCGCAGAAAGUAACAAAAGCUCUCCGAAAGAUAAGUUGGUAGCAGAUGCUAAUACAGAAAGUGAAUCCGAGAACAGUGGGAGAGAAGGAGAGUUAGCUCAAUCUGGAAAAAAUCUUCAGUCAGAUAAAUCAGCUGAUGUGGGUGGCGAUGGAUCUCCCACCCACUCCGAAUGUCAUCCAGCUGGAAAGUCUGAUGAGAUGCUUCAGAAGGCUGGCUCCACAGAUGUGGAAGAUAUUGACAUGGAUGUGGAUAUGGAGGUUGAAGAAUCGGUUCCAAUGUCUUCUGUUCAAGUCGUAGAUGCUUCUGAAUGUAAGACGUUCAGUCAAACAGAGCCAUCCAACCUUCAUACAGAUGUUCCAGCACCUCCGGGUGAGGAAUGGAUUCCCCCACCGCCGUCUGAGAGUGAAGAUAUCCCUCCACCGCCACCAGACGAUUAUAGUGAACCAGCUCCUCCACCACCUCCUGAAAAUGGCCAUGUCCCUCCACCUCCGUCGAGUGAUUCUCUGGGAGUUUCCUAUACCUUACCUCAAUCUUAUAUUCAGCAUUUUGCUGAUUAUGCGGCACAAUACGACCUAUCAUAUCCAGAGUCCAGUUAUCAAUAUAUUGCCGAUGCACCUAUCACUCAGUUCUAUGGCCAUGUCGACGGAUCUCAAGUAUCUCUGCCCCAGUCGACAUUUUAUUAUGAAACUAUUCCCGGUACAGGUGAAGUUGCUCCUGCAGCAGCCAGCGCUGUUGAAGCUUAUUACGAUUUCAAAGGUGCAGCUCCGCUGUUCCCUGUCAUCAGCCCUGCAGAGUCAUCGCUGCAUCACAGUGGAGUUGGUUCUGCUAAUUACAGCAUCCUAAGCAUUCCUUCUACAGCUGUAGAGCAUAGCUCCAGAUCCAAUGACACUGCUGAAAUGGCAUCUUUGGCCACUGCUUCUCAAUCCACUGAUGUUACUGGUGUAACGGCUGAUUUAGCAAAGGGUCAAUCUAAAGUGAAACGGCCUAAAAAGCGGACAGUUGCUGCUACAUCCACAUUAAGGUCAAAUAAAAAGGUUUCGAGUUUGGUGGACAAGUGGAAAGCUGCGAAAGAGGAGCUAAACGAUAGUGAAGAGGAAGAAGACGAAGAAGAUUAUGGGAUCCUUGAUAAAAAGAGGCGGCGAGAAAUCGAAGAAUGGAAGUCCCGACAAAUCGCGAGCGGAGAAGCUAAAGACAACGCAAAUUUCCAACCCCUCGGUGGUGACUGGCGUGAGAAAGUGAAGCGGAGGAAAGAACGAGCAGGACGUGAAGCUAAGGAGUCUAAGAAGAAAGACGAAAAGCAACAAAAACCUGAUCUGACCAAACUCUCUGCACUUCUCCCCUCGGGAUGGCAGGCGUAUUGGGACGAAUCUACGAAGAAAGUUUACUAUGGGAAUACAGUUACAUCUCAAACCUCUUGGACACGACCCGCUACCUGAAUCUCAAUGGCUUUCUCUACCAAAUUUUCUAAUUUCUUUUUUUUUCUAUAAUACUUUUGUUUUAGAUGUAAAUUUAUUACAGAGCUCAUCGUCUUGUAGGUGACAUAUGUUGGAUACAUACUCGUCUUUUUAUUAGACGAUUACAUUUGUACCAUUCCACAAUGCUAACGAAAACCACGACCGCUUGAAUUCAAUUACUUUGUGCAAACAGAAAAAGUAAAUAUCCAGAGAUUCCUCUUCUUAUUAUGCAUUUUCAUAAAAUUAAAGGAAAACAAAGUAAACCCUUUUAUCAACAAUAAAAAGAAAAGAAAAGAAAAUCAAAAGCCUGUGUGACGUUUAAUGUAUAUACACACAUUGGAGAUAUUUAAAAUUGAGAAGAAAGACAUUUCUGCAUUAUUAUUAAUCAUGGGAAGACUUGGGAGAGGCAGAAUUAGAAACACCUCCUGCCAGCAUGGACAGGUUAGACGGAACGGAAAUGCCACGUGACAUACCGAGUCCAGCGUUACGGCGGUGGUAACGGCACCUGAAGGAGCCAGGGUGUGUGGUUGGUGCACAUAAACAGUUUAGCCUCACGCUCGAUGAUUUUCCCAUAGCCACCGAACCACCACCUCCACCACGUGCACGUGGAGACAUGUUGUAAGCUUCUUGUCUUUUAAUGUCUUCAUGGCUAAUCUCUUGCUGUGUCUCCUUAAGUUUGAUCUUCAUCAUCAUCCUCCUCCUUGCUUCUUCUUUCUCUUUCCCUUCCAUUUGUUUUUCUUCUUCUCUUUCUUCUUUGUUUCUCUACCUUCUUACAAAUAGAGAAACCUCUAAAAAUAGUCGACACUGGGAAUCAAGAAACUGAAAAAACUUUUAGAAUUAAAAAGAGCAAGUUAAUGUAGACAAUGUAUAUCCAAAAAUAGUAGUUUUUCUAUAUAUUCCUUCUCUUGCGGUUCUGAAUUCCCGAAAUUGUCGUUUUAUUUGCAGAAAAUAGAUGUUUGGUUUUGUAAAAGAGCUCAGAUCAGAGGAAAUAAAAGAAACUCUAGGUGUAAAACAUGAAACUUGUAUGGCACGUGCCAUGAUGCUAAGAUGGG